AUGUCAUCGAUCAGGCCUGGUAAUGAAGAAGACAAGCUUCAUUCAGCAAUAACCAGUUCGGACAGUUUCAAGCACUGGUCGGUAAUGCGUCGUCUGAGUGAACAACUUACAGAAGCAACUCUUGCAGCGAUGCAGGUUGCAGAUGCCAACUUCCCUGGCAAGGCUCUUCUUGACGCGCCCAUUUUGGUCUGUCCAAAUUGCCACAAACCCGAUCCAUUUUUUCCCCGAGACAAGCUUACUGAAACGACGAAAUCUGCUAAUUGGCACGUGGAUUCGCAACGCUACAGACGCUCACAGAGCGUUGCGCUUUCGGGUUUAGACAGUGGAUGUGAAUGUUGCUUGGCAUUAUUUUAUCAGAAUCCUCUCAAAGACUACGUUUGGUCAAGACCUAGUGCUAAUUCCUGCAGAAAUUCUUACCAAAACCGGGUGACUGGCGGAACGCCACGUGUCAUGAGAAGUGAGGACAUUCCUCGUCCGAGUUGGCUCUAUCCUGACACUAAAUUCUCAGAACAAAAGAUUUUGAAAUUGACCAAACACCUAACAGGCUCAUUUACAGGACUACCAACUAUGGCUUCACAACAUACUCAAACCAUUUUCUCCAGCAUUACGACCAGCAAUGAAGUCGGUGAUGGCACAAAUAAGGCGCGCCAUCGCCAGAAGUCUGGGUCGAUGUAUGCGAAGCAGUCGGCAGGAUUGAGAUUUCAGCUACCUGCGGCGUUGCAGAAGCCCAGGUCUUUUUGUAAACGUGGGCUCAAUUAUGGUCUACGAAAAACCUUGUCAGUUACCAACGCGAUAGUCCGCAUUCCAAUCGAAUCUGCUGUUCCCUCCUCUAAAAAGAAUACCAAAAUUCCCUCAAGUGAAACGGAGAAGAGCUCACUAAUUAAAAAUUCGAAACUAUCUUCAUCUGGCCAGAAUUUAACUCAGGACCAUGCCUUCUUUCAGUUUGAUAGUUGGAAUAGAAUUUUAAGGAAAAAAAAAUUUCAUGCUUCGGAACCAGGAAGUUUGCACUCAUUACCUGCGGCAGAAUUAGCCUGCUCACUCUGUAGAAGCGAUGAGGUGGUUGCGUCUGACACCAGUAUUACCAAGGAUAAGCAGAGGAGAUCUGAGGAGCAUAUUAACUUGAAUACAUCCCCUUCGCAGCAGCAUGAAAUAUCUAAGUCUGUCGAACUUCAAGCUAAGCCAAUAAAAGUGAAAAAGGAUGUGCAACUCCAGACUAUGGAAGACUUUGAGCACGAAAUUAAGUCUAGUUUCAACAUUCCACGUAUUCUGAAUGAGGAGGAUCAAAAUAAAGAGCCGAAUGAAGAUCUGAAGGGAGAAAAUUGGGGAUGCCAGGAUGAUUCUGCAAAGCAACGUUCCAAAGAGUACUGGAAGGAGCAAUUUUUGUUGUUCUUUCAACCCUCGGAUAAUAAACUUGCAAAGAAACUUUUUGGGACAAAAGUAGCACUGAACAGGGAACGCUCAAGGCAGCGGAAGCAAGGUAAAUGGAUUAUCCAUCCAGCAAGCAACUUCAGGUAUUACUGGGACUUGCUGAUGCUCCUCCUGCUUAUAGCCAACUUAAUUAUCCUCCCAGUUUUCAUCUCUUUUUUCCUCGAAGAUCUGGGAAUUCAGGCGAUAUGCUUUAACUGUGUAUCAGACACUAUUUUUCUCCUGGAUAUUUUGGUAAACUUCCGAACAGGUAUUAUGACGAACAAAUUUGAGGACGAGAUCAUACUAAACCCAAAGAAAAUUGCACGUCAUUAUCUGAAAACUUGGUUUGCGUUGGAUUUCCUCAGCUCUAUUCCACUUGAUUAUAUUUCCUUAAUUUUCAGUGAGGAGGCGAAAACCCGUUCUCACCUUGUUAGUGCAGGCCGAGCUCUUCGGAUUUUACGACUCGUCAAAUUGCUCAGUCUUCUGCGCCUUUUGAGAAUUACCCGUCUCGUGCGCUACGUUAGUCAAUGGGAAGAGUUCCUAAAUGUCGCCAACAAGUUUAUGGGAAUUUUCAAUCUCGUUCUGUUAAUGCUCCUGCUUGGACAUUGGAACGCCUGCUUACAAUUUCUCAUUCCAAUGCUUAACAACUUUCCGGUUGACAGCUGGGUGAUGAAAUGCAAACUUAAGGAUGCCGACUGGUUUGAGCAGUACACGUGGGCACUGUUCAAAGCCAUGUCGCAUAUGUUAUCAAUCGGCUACGGACGCUUUCCCCCAACGAGUCCGAGUGAGGCUUGGAUCACCAUUAUCAGCAUGAUGACCGGGUCCACGUGCUAUGCUCUCUUCGUUGGCCACGCAGCAGCGCUCAUCCAGUCCUUCGAUUGUUCAAAAAAAAUGUAUCGUGAAAAGGCAACAGUUGAGUUCAAACAGGUUGAGGAAUAUAUGGCUUACAGAAAAUUACCUCGAGUCCUUCGACAAAAAGUGGCGAGCUACUAUGAACACCGAUAUCAAGGAAAAAUGUUUAAUGAACUGGCCAUUCUGGAUGAACUCUCAGAGUGUCUUCGGGAGCAAAUUGUAAAUCACAAUUGUCGAGAGUUGGUCGCCGCCGUUCCUUUCUUCACCUACGCUGACCGCCAUUUCGUCUCGGAUGUGAUUAUGAAACUGAAGUACGAGGUCUUUCAGCCAGGCGAUUGGAUAAUCAAGGAGGGCCAGAUUGGGACAAAAAUGUACUUCAUACAGGAAGGAGUCGUAGAUAUUGUAGACACCGAUGGCCGUGUUGCUACAAGUCUAUCUGAUGGAUCCUAUUUUGGUGGUUAG